CACUGCAGGGAUACCUCUCACACGCACACAGUGCAGCCAGGGAACUUUACUACACUCUGCACUGUGCUGCUGUUCAGUACUUUGUGACUGCGAAUGAAACAGAGGUGGGAGGAGAGCAAUGUGAGAGCAUCUUGUGGAUGUAAAUAGGAUGCAGUGUGUUGUGCAGGGUACUGUGUGCUAGUACCUUCAGCAGGUAUCCCUUGGGGAGGAGGGCGCAGCAGCACCAGGAAUUUACACACGGACACUCCAUACAGACACACGCUUUUAAACAGACACGCACAUUAACAUAGGCACACAAUAGUGUUGCUCAGUGUCCCCACUGGAUACGCUCACAUAGUACUACCCUGCACCCAGCCCUACUGCAGCGAUCUCACUACCUGGUCCUUGUCAGACAUGGAGAGGUUCCUGGGCUUUGUGAGACAGAUCAGAAGAUCUAGGAGAAGGAAAGGCAAAAAGUACCGACCAGAGGAGGAUUACCAUGAGGGUUAUGAGGACGUGUAUUAUUAUGCAUCUGAGCAUUUCAGAAAUGAAGGUCCAUACACAAAAUCUGGAAACCAGUCCAAACCCCCAGAUGGGACACUGGCAGUCAGGAGGCAGAGCAUUACAGAAGAGUUCAAGGGCUCCACUUUAGUUGAAUUAAUGAAGAAAGAAGGAACCACUCUAGGGCUCACGGUGUCAGGUGGAAUUGACAAGGAUGGGAAACCGAGAGUAUCCAACUUACGCCAAGGAGGAAUCGCUGCUAGAAGUGACCAACUGAAUGUCGGAGAUUAUAUCAAAUCUGUGAAUGGCAUUAACCUCACAAAGUUUCGCCAUGAUGAGAUCAUCAGUCUGCUAAAGAAUGUUGGUGAACGGGUUGUCCUAGAAGUGGAGUAUGAGCUGCCUCCAGUGUCAAUACAAGGGUCAGGAGUCAUUUUCAGGACUGUGGAAGUGACAUUACACAAAGAAGGAAACACAUUCGGGUUUGUAAUACGAGGAGGAGCACACGAGGACAGAAAUAAAUCUCGUCCUGUUGUAAUAACUUGCGUUAGACCUGGAGGACCCGCUGACAGAGAAGGCACAAUCAAGCCAGGGGACCGGUUGCUCAGCGUCGAUGGAAUUCGGCUGCAUGGAACAACACACGCAGAAGCCAUGAGUAUUCUGAAACAGUGCGGGCAGGAGGCAACCUUACUGGUAGAAUAUGAUGUCUCUGUGAUGGAUACCGUAUCUAGUGCCUCGGGUCCAUUGUUAGUUGAAGUUGCCAAAACUCCCGGUUCCAGCCUUGGAUUAGCGUUGACUACCUCUAUGUACUGCAACAAACAGGUCAUUGUCAUUGACAAAAUUAAAGCUGCAAGUAUUGCUGACAGAUGUGGUGCACUGCACAUUGGGGAUCACAUCCUGUCGGUGGACGGUACCAGUAUGGAAUAUUGCACACUGGCAGAAGCCACACAGCUCUUAGCUAGCACCUGUGAAAAUGUGAAACUGGAGAUUCUUCCGUAUCAUCAAACUCGCUUGGCACUGAAGGGACCAGAUCACGUAAAGGUUCCAGGGAGCGGCGAAAAGCAACUUCACAGGAAGGCUUCUGCCAGCAACCACAGUCGCCUACUCACCUGCCAACAUUAUAACACCUACCACCCAGACCAUUGCAGGAAGCCAGCCAUCAAAUGCCAGAAACCACCUCCUCAAAAUCUCCUUCCAGCACUGGUUUCCUCCUCCUUCUCUCCUACCUCCAUGAGUGCGUACAGCCUAAGCUCACUCAACAUGGGGACCCUACCUCGAAGCCUUUAUCCCACCAGCCCACGCGGGACACUGAUGAGACGGCGAAUGAAGAAGAAAGAUUUCAAAAGCUCACUGUCCUUGGCAUCUAGCACUGUUGGUUUGGCCGGGCAAGUUGUGCACACGGAGAGUACAGAGGUAGUGCUGACCUCUGACCCAGUAGUGGGAUUUGGGAUCCAGCUCCAGGGUAGCGUCUUUGCCACCGAGACGUUAUCUUCUCCUCCUCUGAUUUCCUAUAUUGAUGUUGACAGCCCAGCUGAACGAUGUGGCGUUCUUCAAGUAGGAGACAGAGUGAUAGCAAUUAAUGGCGUACAGACAGAGGACAGCACUUUCGAAGAGGCCAAUCAGCUGUUAAGAGAUUCGGCUAUUGCCGGCAAAGUGACGCUGGAAAUUGAAUUUGAUGUUGCAGAGUCUGUGAUACCGAGCAGUGGGACAUUUCAUGUUAAACUACCAAAGAAACACAAUGUGGAACUGGGCAUCACCAUAAGCUCUCCUUCAAGUAGAAAAUCAGGAGAUCCCCUUGUCAUUUCAGACAUUAAGAAAGGAAGUGUUGCACAUCGCACUGGAACACUGGAACUUGGAGAUAAGUUACUUGCCAUAGACAACAUCCGUUUAGACAACUGCUCAAUGGAAGAUGCCGUUCAGAUCCUACAGCAAUGUGAAGAACUGGUGAAGCUGAAAAUCCGAAAAGAUGAAGAUAACUCAGAUGAACAGGAGAGCACUGGAGCUAUCAUUUACACAGUGGAACUGAAGCGAUAUGGGGGCCCGCUGGGUAUUACUAUAUCUGGCACGGAAGAACCCUUUGAUCCAAUUAUCAUCUCGAGUCUCACUAAAGGUGGAUUAGCGGAGAGGACUGGCGCCAUUCAUAUAGGAGACCGAAUUCUUGCAAUUAAUAGCAACAGCCUGAAAGGGAAGCCCUUAAGUGAAGCCAUUCAUUUACUGCAGAUGGCAGGAGAGACGGUUACUCUAAAAAUCAAGAAGCAGACUGAUGCGACAAGUCCCAAGGCAUUUGCCUCCUCUGGCAGAAUAAGUGAGCUGUGUGAUGCUGAUGAUGACACACCUGUCACCCAGAAGUCUAGUAACCUCUCUGACGUUUACUCUACCACGGUUCCUAGUGUGGAUAGCGCAGUGGAAUCCUGGGAUGGUUCUGCUGUUGACACGGCCUUUGGAAGUCAAGGUUCUAAUUUCCAGGCAUCUGGAUUCAGUUUCAAUGCCUACGAAUGGAGAAGCCCUAAGCAGAAAGGUAGCUUGUCUCCUCUGAGUAGGACAAGGACUAACCACUACCAGGACACUGUUCUUAGUGAUGAUGAAUGGGAGCGACCAGCAGCAAGUGGUUACCCUGGAGUACAAGAGGAACCAGAAGCAGAUCAAGAAGAAAAUUUCUGGUCUCAGGCCCUAGAGGAUUUGGAAACAUGUGGACAGUCAGGAAUUCUUAGAGCACUAGAGGAUACUACUGAGCAGCACGUGUCUCCCACAGACAUGAUUCUUUUGGCGACAAUCAUGUCAGGAAGCACACUGAGCUUAAAUCAUGAGAAUUCACCGGCACAUGGGUCGCUGGGGAGGCAGGCAAGUUUCCAAGACAAAAGCUCUAUCAGACCGCAUUACAGCCAGACCACCCGCAGCAACACGUUACCGUCUGAUGUGGGAAGAAAAUCUGUAGCCAUGAGAAAAUUCAAACAUGAAAUGAAGGAAAUCAUGUCCCCAACUCCUGUGGAGUUACACAAGGUUUCAUUAUUUAAGGACUCUGAUAGGGAGGACUUUGGAUUUAGCGUUGCUGAUGGGCUACUGGAAAAAGGUGUAUACGUAAAGAAUAUUCGCCCAAAUGGCCCCGGAGAUCUUGCAGGAUUGAAACCAUUUGAUCGCCUUUUGCAGGUGAAUCAUGUACGCACUAGAGACUUUGACUGUUGCCUGGUGGUUCCACUUAUAGCAGAAUCUGGAAAUAAACUGGAAUUGGUUAUUAGCAGAAACCCAAUUGCUAAACAGAAAGAAGCAUCAGAUAUACCGAACUUGCCAGUAGAGGAGUGGACUGACCAAAAUGAUGUCUUUUCACAAAAAUCAAGUGGGCGCUUAACCACUAUGGAUAUGAGAGACUCCACCAAUACUUUAUAGCAAAAACUUCUGAUGGAUUGACUUGGCAGCGUAAACUUGGUGCUAAAUCCCUGUCAUACAAUUGAUCUGUGACGUUUAAGACACAGAUGUCACUGUGGCACUAAUGGCAAGCACAGGGGAGCUAAAAUAAACUUACCGUACUCCACUCACACAAGAAGGGAGUAACAGUUUUUAUGUUGAAUACUUUGUGACCACAAUAAAUAUUAGUGCCAUUCCAAGCUUAAUCUUGAACAAAAUAUGGGGCUUUUGUGGUGUGCAAUGAAACUACUGGAAUCAAAGUGGCUUAUUUUCCAGGUAUUGUCCAUGCACCAUCAUUAUGAACUUUUUUUUGCAUAUGAUCUAAAGAUACCGAGGCUUUAAAGAGAUUUGUAGCACUUCUCAUACUAGAAUACAAUAAUGAUAUUGGAUCCAACACUCUGGCUGGGCUGCAAUACAAGUGGUCCCUUUAUUCUGUGCAUUUUGGCCCUAAACAUUUUUAAGUAACAAAAUAACAUAUAUCUACUCAUCACAGCGUGUGUUCUGUUUCUGAGAAGUAAGGAAUUAAACAGUAGCCAUUAUACAAUGGGCAGUAAUACUGCUCUUCACAUCUUACACACGUCAUGCUGAAGAGCGCAGGGCUAAACCAUGUACAUCACUUCUCCGUGAGAAUAUUAACUGUGACCUAUACAAAGGGGUGGGAUACAUUGCGUGAGGAAGUAAGGGAGAUCAUAAAGUAUAACUGGCUGACUGCUAAAAGGAAAAUGUUCUGAGCCGUCAAACAUUAUUUAAGAAGUAGUGUGUGUUUAAAGAGCUUUGCCAACUGUUUAUCCCUCAAAGCAAUAAAAAGAUUACUAUUUUGAUUGGAUACUCACCAGCAGAUUUGUUCUGAUAUUUACCACUUGCAUCUGCCGAAAAGGAGAGGAUCCAGAAUACAAAAACGCAGAAGGUUGUGUUCCAAGCAUCCAUAGUUUGCUUAUGUGAAAAUCCUAAUUAUGGUCCUAUUAGUAUUUUUAAUGAGUAUCUGUUAUCCUUUCCUUGUCAGCCUACUGUUUUGAAACACUGCCAGAAAAUAUGAAGUUGGAGAACAAACCAUUUAUCAUAAGUCAAUGAAAUAUGUAUUUUUGUUUGUAACAAACAAGUAUUAAACUGUAAAGUAUUUUUGUACAAAUUUAAUACUUUAAUAGCAUGACAUUUAUUGUUUAUGUAUGGUUUUGGGAACUCAAAUUGUUAGAAAUUUGUAUGGAAUCAUACGGUACAAAUUCAAAUAAACUGAUUUAAAAUACAUGGGUAAUAUUACUAUAAUGCAAAUAUAACAAAUUACAAAUAUUCUUAAAUCUUGAUGAUGUAGAACAAAAAAAAUUAACUAACUGGAUAUGUGUAAAUUUACUAUGGCGUGGAACUAAAUGAUUAUGUAAUAAAAUGCCUGACCACC